AUGGAGGAGACAAAUGGUGGUUUUCAGACACUUGUCUAUGAAGACGAUUUGCACAAGGAAGAGUAUCCUCCUUACCAUCAGUCUAACAGGAUACAAGUGUCCAUGUUCACUAUGAGUCCUGGGAGACGCCACAGACUGGCUGCAGUGUGCCUGGCACUUCUUGCUGCUGUUCUUCUGAUACUGAAUAUUGGCCUGGGGAUCCACUAUAACAAACUCACAGAUUCUCACCUCACGCUCGAUGAUACCGAACGCAUCAGCAAAGAGCUCAUCAACCUCCAGGACACUUACAAGACUGCAGUGGAAACCAUGAAGGAAGCCAGGAAGCAGCUGGACAGCGAAAUGAGCCGUCAGACACAAACCAACUGGGAGCUUGAACACCAGACAAAACGAAGCAAUGACUAUAAAAGUCAGAUGGAAAAAGUUACAAAGGAAAUUGAAACCAUAAAAACACGCUUAUCAAUGCUUAGUGAUGGCUGCAAACACUGUCCUGCAGGAUGGAUUUUAAUGAACUCUGUAUGUUACUACUUCCCCUUGAAAUCAAAUGAAUUCAAAACAUGGAAGGAAUCCAGAGACUUCUGUCAGCUGCAGGGAGGAGAUCUUAUAAUCAUAGACAGCCAAGAGGAAGAGAACUCAACAGUCAAUUAUUUGAUAAAUCAUCAAGCUGCCCCGAGACAAACUCGUGACCUGGUCUGGGAGUCUCACGUUCCUCGCCGUGUGAGACCUUGGAUGCCUCACAGAGACCCUGAGUUUCUGGAUUGGCUAAGCAGAACAAUAGAUCAUCAAGAUACGCCUCAUCACCCAAUGGGCUUCUGGAUCGGACUGAGAGACGUCCAUGAGGAAGGGACUUGGAAAUGGUGGGAUGGAACAUUACUUGCUGAAGGGUACUGGAACGAUGGAGAGCCAAAUGAUAUCAACAAUGAGGACUGUGCAGCGUUGUAUCCCAAAGCAAACUUCUACAAGAGCUGGAACGACGUUAAAUGUGAUGCCGAAAUGAAAUGGAUUUGUGAAAAAGCAACAAAACCACUGAGCUAAAAUUUCUGCAAUAAUGCAUCACAAUCUUACAUAAACACAUGUUGCUAUCACACAAAUCUCUGUGAGCAUUUAAGAAACUUUUUAGCAUAUUAGCAAAUCUUACAGCUAACAUGAAAAAGCAUUAUUCAACACAUUUAUAUAAAGUAAACUGCUGUUUAAAACCAUUUUGCCCAUGUGUGCACGCUGUAUUUAUCUACAGCAAUGCUACAGUAAAUUGUUCAUUUACUUUACAUACAGACUUAGAGUGUUUUACAUUAUUAACACAAUGUUAUACCAUGUUGUCUGUUUAUACCUAAUCUGCUGAUGAACACAUUAAUAAACACUUAU